GAGAAAUAAUUUAUCAAUGUGGUUUGUCUGCUGCAAAAGGAGCAUCACAGCAACAUUCUAAUUCAUGCUCCAAAAAAUGGUUUACUUUGACUCUUUGAGAAUACAUGUGGGUAAAGGUGAUUUCUCAUUGAUUUGUCUGAAAGAUUUUGAUUUCACUUCAUUAUGUUCUCUAAGGAGCGCAAUAGACACGGUCAAUAUACUUUUUGUCUGUGCCUACUACACGUCUUUGUUUAUCGGUUUAAUCAGAAAAACUUCUGCAAAUAGGAGCCACACAAGAAGUUGGAUUUUCAAACUUGUUUCAAUCUGCUGUGCUCUUAUUAGCAUUACUUUUUUGGUUACUGGCUUGUGGAAUCUCAUAGAGAAAACCGAUAACUCUAAUGAGCUGAGCUGGUUAGCUUGCAAUAUCAAAGGAAUCAUUUGGAUUUCUUUAACAAUUUCUUUGCUUGUCCAGAGAGGCAAAUGGACUAAAAUACUAAACUCUGUCUGGUGGGCAUCUUCCAGUGUAUUGAUUUCAGUUCUCAACAUUGACAUUCUGUUCAAAGGUCAUGAUGCCUUUGAAACUUUUGAUAUCAUAAUAUGGCUUGUACACUUUCUUCUUCUAUUAUGUGCCUUCAAAAAUCUUGGUUAUUUAGGAACUCACAGUGUCCAAGAAUGUUUGUCUGAACCACUGUUAGCUCAGAAAAUUGAAACCAAACAAACAGGACUAGCCCAUGCUACUUUUCUUAGCAAGUUAAUUUUCUCUUGGGUUAACUCUUUACUCAGUUUAGGUUACUCAAAGCCACUAGCUCUUGAAGACAUACCUUCCCUUGUUUCUGAAGAUGAAGCAAGCACAGCCUAUCAAAACUUUGUACAUGCAUGGGAAUCCCUUGUAAAGGAGAGGACUAAUAACAGUACAAAGAGCUUAGUUCUUUGGUCUGUAGUUAAAACUUACUUGAAAGAAAACACAUUAAUAGCAUUCUAUGCACUACUCAGAACUAUUUCUGUUGUAGUUUCACCUCUAAUACUCUAUGCUUUUGUUAACUACUCAAAAAGAACUGAGCCUAAUCUCAAACAAGGUUUUUCCAUAGUUGGUUUUCUAAUUCUAGCCAAAUUGGUAGAGUCUUUGUCUCAAAGACAUUGGUUUUUUAACUCAAGGAGGUCAGGAAUGAAAAUUAGAUCAGCUCUGAUGGUGGCAAUUUAUCAAAAGCAGCUAAAGCUUUCUAGCUCAGCAAGGACAAGACACUCGGCAGGCGAAAUUGUGAAUUACAUUGCAGUUGAUGCAUACAAAAUGGGAGAAUUCCCAUGGUGGUUUCAUAUAACAUGGACUUCUGUAUUGCAACUUAUUCUGUCCAUUGCUAUCCUUUUUGGUGUUGUUGGUAUUGGUGCUCUUCCUGGUUUAGUCCCUCUUCUUAUAUGUGGACUUCUCAAUGUACCGUUUGCAAGGAUCCUACAAAAUUGUCAGUCACAGUUUAUGACUGCACAGGACGAACGUCUUCGAUCAACUUCAGAAAUUCUAAAUAGUAUGAAGAUCAUUAAGUUACAAUCAUGGGAAGAAAAAUUUAAGAACUUAGUCGAGUCGUUACGCGAUAAAGAGUUCGUGUGGUUGUCUAAAGCGCAGAUCCUGAAAGCUUCUAGUUCAUUUCUUUUUUGGUUGUCUCCUACAGUUAUAUCUGCUGUUGUUUUCAUUGGAUGUGCCGUUUCCAAGAGUGCACCAUUGAAUGCUGAAACCAUUUUCACAGUUCUUGCAACAUUGAAGAACAUGGGGGAUCCAGUUAAAAUGAUCCCAGAGGCUCUAUCCAUUAUGAUUCAAGUUAAGGUUUCCUUUGAUCGUCUUAAUAAAUUUUUGCUUGAUGAAGAACUAAAAAAUGAUGACAAAAGUGAAAAAAACCUAAAGCAAUGUUCAGCUAAUGCUGUGGUAAUUCUAGCUGGCAACUUCACUUGGGAUCAUGAAUCUGUGUCCCCAGCUUUAACAGAUGUUAAUUUAGAAAUCAAAUGGGGACAGAAAAUAGCAGUUUGUGGACCAGUUGGAGCUGGAAAAUCAUCUCUUUUGUAUGCAAUACUUGGAGAGAUUCCCAAGAUUCAAGGAACUGUUAAUGUAGGUGGCACCCUUGCCUAUGUUUCUCAAUCUUCUUGGAUACAAAGUGGAACAGUUCGAGAUAAUAUACUCUUUGGCAAGCCAAUGAACAAAAAAAGAUACGAGAAUGCUAUUAAAGUGUGUGCCUUGGAUGAGGAUAUCAAUGAUUUUAGUCACGGGGAUCUUACAGAAAUAGGUCAGAGAGGGAUUAACCUAAGUGGAGGACAAAAGCAAAGAAUUCAACUAGCUCGAGCAGUCUACAAAGAUGCUGAUAUCUAUCUCCUCGACGACCCUUUCAGUGCAGUCGACGCGCACACUGCUGCUAUUCUGUUCAAGGACUGCAUUAUGACUGCUCUAAGAGAGAAAACAAUCAUUCUUGUGACACAUCAAGUGGAGUUUCUCCCAGAAGUUGAUACAAUAUUGGUAAUGGAGGAUGGAAAAGUUAUUCAAUCAGGCAGUUAUGAGAAUCUGCUAACAGCUGGGACAGCCUUUGAACAACUUGUGAACGCCCAUAAAGACGCAGUUACUGAGGGGAAUCAAGAUAACAAAAACAAAAGAGGUUCCGAAAAUGUUGUUUUGGCUAAUCCACAAGAGACACAUAGUUUUCAUCUCACUAAAAAUCAAAGCAAGAGGAAGAGUUCUGCCAGAGGUCAAUUUGGGGUACAACUUACAAAAGAGGAAGAAAAAGAGAUUGGUGAUGUAGGCUUGAAACCAUUCUGGGAUUAUAUUUCUUAUUCCAGGGGGUCAUUCAUGUUGUGUUUUAUCGUGUUAGCACAGUUUGCUUUUAUGGCUUUGCAGACUGCAUCAACCUUUUGGCUUGCUAUUGCCAUUGAAAAUCCAAAAGUAACUAGUGCCACAUUGAUUGGAGUUUAUUCCUUAAUUUCUUGUGCUGGUGUGAUGUUUGUAUAUCUAAGGUCUUACUUGAAUGCGCAUCUCGGAUUAAAAGCUUCAAUUGCAUACUUCUCAAGCUUCACUACAGCGAUCUUCAAUUCUCCUAUGAUGUUCUUUGAUUCGACCCCUGUAGGAAGAAUUUUAACCCGAGCUUCAUCAGAUUUGAGUAUUUUGGACUUUGAUAUGCCUCAUUCCAUCCACUUUGCAUUAUCAGUAGCAAUUGAAGUACUGGUAAUCAUUUGCAUAAUGGUUUCGGUCACAUGGCAGGUUCUCAUUGUUGCUGUUCCUGCAAUGGUGGCAUCAAUAUUCAUUCAGCAAUAUUAUCAAGCAACUGCAAGGGAACUAAUGCGGAUCAAUGGAACAACCAAAGCUCCUGUCAUGAAUUUUGCAGCUGAGACGUCACUUGGGGUGGUUACUGUAAGAGCAUUCAACAUGGUAGAUAGACUUAUCAAAUACUACUUAAAACUUGUGGACACAGAUGCUACGCUGAUCUUUUAUUCUAACGUGGCCAUGGAAUGGAUGGUUAUACGGAUUGAGGCACUUCAAAGUUUGACGGUUGUCACUGCAGCUUUGUUUCUUAUUAUGCUUCCUCAUGGAUAUGUGUCCCCGGGACUUGUGGGACUGUCUCUUUUUUAUGCUUUUAAUUUGACAGGAGCCCAAAUAUUUUGUACUCGAUGGUUUUCCAACUUAUCAAACCACGUAAUCUCUGUUGAAAGAAUCAAGCAGUUCAUUCACAUUCCAGCCGAGCCUCCUGCCAUUGUGGAGGAUAACCGGCCACCAUCAUCAUGGCCUUCCAAGGGUAGGAUUGAAGUUCAAGGCAUAGAGAUUAGAUAUCGUCCUGACGCUCCAUUAGUCCUUAAGGGAAUCACUUGUACAUUUAAAGAAGGGAGUAGGGUGGGAGUUGUUGGAAGGACUGGAAGUGGAAAAAGUACACUUAUAAGUGCUUUGUUUCGCUUAGUUGAGCCUUCAAGAGGUGACAUUCUCAUAGAUGGGAUUAAUAUAUGCUCAAUCGGGUUGAAGGAUUUGAGAAUGAAGCUAAGCAUCAUUCCUCAAGAACCAACUCUUUUCAAGGGCAGCAUUAGGACAAACCUGGACCCUCUAGGCCUGUACUCGGAUGAUGAAAUAUGGAAGGCUUUGGAGAAAUGUCACCUGAAGGAAACAAUCAGCAGAUUACCAAGUCUCUUGGACUCUUCUGUGAGUGAUGAAGGUGGAAAUUGGAGCUUAGGACAGCGCCAACUAUUUUGUCUGGGAAGGGUACUACUUAAGAGGAACAGAAUUCUAGUUCUGGAUGAAGCUACUGCCUCCAUUGACUCUGCCACAGAUUCCAUUCUACAAAAAGUAAUUCGACAAGAAUUUGCAGAAUGCACGGUUAUAACCGUUGCUCACCGAAUUCCAACUGUAAUAGACAGUGACAUGGUCAUGGUCCUAUCUUACGGGAAACUAGUGGAAUACGACGAGCCUUCAAAGCUAAUGGACACCAACUCUUCAUUCUCUAAGCUAGUAGCUGAAUAUUGGUCUAGCUGCACGAAGAGUUCCGUCCCAAUCAUUAACAUACAGCAACAAUGAAUGCUGACCUAUGAAGUCCGGAUACUCCAAAAAUCGUCAAAGUAUCCAUAUCAGACAUGUAUCAGACACACCGAUACUCUCAGAUACGUAUCUUAGAAGUAUCCAAUUUUUCAAUUAUUCUUUAUACAAAAUUGUUAUCGGAUACAUGUGGCAUACAGUAUGACAUGUAGUAUGUAUACUUGUGUCCGUCACAAGUAUAUGUACUAGAUGUUUUUGAGAUCACUGGUAUUGGUAAAGUAAAACUUAAAAGACAAUGUCUCUAUUUUGAUUCAUUUUGUUAUUCUAUGCAAUUCUAUGUAAACCUUAUAUCAUAACUAAAUUUAUAAAAGAAAAAUAAUAGGACUUAAUAUUUGAUUAAUUCAUUCAUCGAACAUAAUUAAGCUAAGUGGAUAAUGAUAUUCAUAUAAUAAUCCAAUAACAAAUCUAAUCAAAAUUGAGGAUGAUAGCAUAUAAUUCAAAAUGCAUUGGAAGAAUGAAUAAAAUAACAAAGAAAUCUUAGAGCUUCAUUACCUC